GUAAACGCGGAACUCUAAGUCGAACCUGAGAGGUGGUCGCCUUAGCUCGUUUUCACCACUUGGUCACUUUAUUCCACUCGGAGCAGUUUCAGUUAUUCUAAGAUGUGUGACGUUAUGCCCACCAUUACCGAGGAUGGCAGCUCCAGUCAAGGUGACCAUGACUCUCAAGCCAGCGGCGAAGGAACUAACGUAGAGGAUAUGCUGCUGAGUAUCUUGGAUGAGAGAGAUCGUCUCAUGGAGAAUCUGCACGAUGCACAAGAUCAGCUUGUUUUCACACAAAAUAGACUGAACGAGGUUGAACGUGAGCGUGAUUCACUAACCAGACAGUUGUCCGAAAAACUACCCGAGGACUUGUCAUUGCUUGCCAAAGAAGUACAUAGACUGCGCGACCAGUUAUCGGAAUGUGAAGAAGAAAUACUCGAACUGAAAUCAGAACGAAAUAACACUCGGCUGCUUCUUGAACACUUGGAAUGUUUGGUUGCCCGUCAUGAACGUUCAUUACGCAUGACGGUCGUCAAACGCCAGGUUAAUAGUCCCGGUGGUGUUAGUUCCGAAGUCGAAGUAUUGAAAGCACUAAAAUCGUUAUUCGAGCACCACAAAGCACUGGAUGAACGCGUUAGAGAGCGUCUUCGAGCCGCAUUGGAAAGGGGUGCGCAGCUUGAAGAAGAAGUACGCUCAUCGGCGGCGGAUCGCGCAGCACUUCGGGAGCAACUAGCGGCCGCGCUCGCUGGUGUUGCUGCGGCGGCAGCUGCAGCUGCACAGCAUCAGCAGGAUUUGCACGCACAGGCUAGUGGUGAUACAGUUAGAUCGAAGUGCGGCUCCGUCUAUCCACACGAGAAGGACGACGUCCGGGGAACGAAUUCAGCCUCUCUCCCUCCUGGUGGCCCACCUAUCAAUUGCAAAGACGCUGGUGAUGAUGCAAACAUGGCCGCUUCUGUAGAAUCGAAGUCUGUGGCCUCCUAUGCGGCUGCAGCAGCUGCAGCGGCUGCCAGCGCAGUUGCGGCGGAAAAGAAGCUAGCUGAAAUUACCGCCAAGUCGCGGGAGCUCGAAGCUGCCGCUGCGGCUGCUCAGAAGGAACUUUUACGUACCAACGAACAGACCCUGAGAUUCCAACGUGAGUUACGCGAGUCAGAAGCUCAGCGUGAAGAACAGGAGGUACGAAUAAAUACUUUGGAACAGCGGUAUUUGGCGUCACAGAGAGAGGCUACCAACGCUCUCGACCACCUCAGUCGGGCACAAUCCGAGCUCAUCAGUCGCGAAGUGGAAAUGAAACAGUCUAAAGAACACUCGCUUUCACUGGCCGCAGAGUUAGAAGCACUCAAAUCCCAGCUCCGCGGACUUCAGUUGGCCAAAUCCGCUGAAACGGAAAAACCAAAGGGGGACAAUGAUGGUUACCAGAUCGCUGAGGACCCAUCUGACUCGGACCAUUCGGCUACUCGCUGUCUUAGAUCCGUAGGUGACUGUAGCAUAGAUCAGUCGAGUAUGGAAGAAGUCAGGACGAAGUUGAGUCAAGCGGAAGAACGUAUCCGCGAAAUGGAAUCCAGCGUGAAAGAAACGCAGGCUGAGCUUCAGCGAGCCAGACAACGCGAGCGCCUCAAUGAGGACCACAGCUCACGUUUGACUGCCACGGUGGACAAGUUGUUGCUCGAAUCCAAUGAACGCUUGCAGACCCAUUUACGUGAGAAAAUGGCCUCUUUAGAAGAGAAGAAUCAACUUACCAGUGAGCUUGAUCGACUACGUCGUGUGUUAGAAGAGUCUCAGUGUGAGCGUGAUCGUGCCGUUGCGGAUAUCGAAAGGCUUCGGAGACAGUUGGUUGCGUCUACUCCGACCUCUUUUCACGAUGGAUCACUAACCACGAUUCUUCGCUCACAGAAAGCCAGAGGCGGCGUUCGUAAUGACCAAACAGCGAACUGGGAGGAGGACAAUGUAUGGGAGGCAGCAGUUUCGGGUAAACAGACUUCUGGGUUUGACGAAGAUUUCGCCGAAUCAGGCACUCCGACCUCUUCUCUAAAGAAGAGUGGAUGGCAUCCCUCCGACUGGUUGGGCAACGAAAAUUCCUCAAGCCCAAGUAGUCAUGCUGCAUCUGAGUUGUUGGGUAACGCGAACGAUGCUCAACGUUUGGCUUUAAUGCUCCAGGAGCAGUUGGAUGCUAUUAACAACGAGAUAAAGCUCAUCCAGGAAGAAAAGCAAAGUGCUGAGCAAUGGGUUGAACAGUUACAGUUGCGCGUUGGGUCAUCCGCCACAACUGAUUCCGGACUGAAUACAUACACCGCUCCCAAUCCCUAUGAAAAAUGUGGAUUGUUGUCGGAUUCCUCAGUGUAUGAUGCGAAAUUUGUGGUACAGGAUCUCACUGGAUAUGGACCAACAGGCUGGUCGCCGCCCCCAUCUCCCUUGGAUUUUCGGUCUCGUACUGCCUGGAAUUCGGGACACAUGCGGACUGCGGGGACUACUCUGCAGUCAGCUUCCUCUCUCCCUUUGACUACGGUACCUUCACGUCCCGUUGAACGACAGGCGAACAACAGACAGUUGCAGCCUCAGACAACUUCAUUUUCUCAGAACUCUUCUUCCCAUGGGUUUCACGGGAACCGUUCAGAUCAGUACCUCCCUUCUUCUUCGACUCCAAAAUCGUUCCACCAGCACAUGUCUUCAUUCCCGACCACGUCCGCCCCGUUGCCCAGUCAAUCAAAGGUGGACGUCACCGGUUCAUCUGCCGGUCAACGCCGCUGUGGGGGUGUGACAUUAGCGGACGCUAUAGCGGGAAUGAACGUUAUCGAACGAAUUCAAAAGGAAGGCAUUUUACAACAGAGGCCCGAUCAGCGAUCACGUCAAUUCAGCAAAUUUGAGGAUCCUUACGAGUUUGGAUCCGAUGAAUUUCUCUCUCCAAUCGACCCUAUCGGAUGGGAUAUGCGGAACGGUGCUAACCACGCCACGUCCUCCGACUCUCCUAUGGACAACUCACUCCAAGGAGGCACGCAACAUUCGUUCCGAUCAACUUCGCAGCUUCAGCAACACAAUUACACAAGCCCUGUGACCGUCAUUUCUACGCCCGUUACUGUUCCGAUCAGUGAUUUCGGAGGCCUGUCGGAGCCGUCAGCCUUUGGAGCUUCUUCGAUAAUUUCACCAAAGAUAUUUUUUCCCGUUGGACCGUCAGCUGGCGGCUUGGACGCUAAAUCCCCUCCCCAUCAGUCAAUGCCCUACAGGAUCUCUUCCAGACUGCCAACAUCAACAACUGCUUCUCCGGCUAGAGUUUCUGUUGCUGCUGUAGCUAAAUCUCUUGUGUUACCUGGCUUUCGACAGCAGUUACCCACCGUCCAGGAUCAAUCGGGGCAGUUUUGUAAAUCGGUAUCCGGUCCACCGAUCCCCAACCAUUAUAAUCAGCGUCGAGAACAAAGUAUGUCUAAGACCAACCUAGAGGUGAAGCAACUGUUUGAUGUUGCGGACAACUCCACUCGAGAACAGCACAACUUAUCUGCUCGCCGACAUUCCAAUCCAACUCUUAAAGAGCAGUUGUGUUCCUCAAGCUCAUUAUCUACUAUCUCACCGGCCAGUCAAUGCCAGGAGUCUUCUUCGCCUUCCGACACUCAGGGCUCCGGCCUGCCUCUGGCACAAGACAUCUCCAUCAACCGACAAGCUCCGCAACCAAUUAACCCCACUAAUCCAUCAGAAUUAUAUCAGAUGCACCAGAUGCAAACCGCCCAACAAAAUCAGCUCCAACGUGCUUAUAGUCAUCAACGUCACUACCAAACAUUACAUUCACGUGUUGACACUUGCUCAGACACGUCCUAUCGGCCUAUCCAAUUUUCACAUCUUGUCCCGAUGGAUCCUGGUGGUAAUUAUCAGCCCAGCCUCGCCGGAUAUGUGUCCCAGACGACAUUCAACCAAUCGCAUCUCAUGCCCUCGCCCACACCUUCUCCCACUCCCAGUAAAAAGAAAUCACGUAUGCUAUCAGGAACUUUAGGUAGAAUAUUCAAGCGUACCGCGACGUCCGGUUUAGUAGGCGCUGCGGAACCGAGUUCCUCGGGUUUCUCGACUCAUUUUCUCCCUGCUCACUAUCCUCAAGUGACCCCUCCGCACAUGGCCUCUCCACCUCGUCUUGGCUUUCAGAAUCAGUUCUCAGGUCCUCCCUCCUUCGUUAGGUCGCCUCCAUCCACUGGACAUUUUUAUCAACCACUGUCAGCCCAACAGCAUCAAGUACUCCAGCACCAGCGAUAUGUGCAACAGCAACAACACUUGCAGCAGCUCAAUCAACGUCAUCGUUUACUAAAUGCACAGCAAGCAGUGAAUGCUAGCAUUUUGGCACAUCAAGCUGGUGCGGUAGCAUCUCCAUCUCCGAUCUCCACCGCAUCUGAAAACAUCGAAUCAAUGGCCUCCAGUCUCGCGAGCCCUUGUUCAACAACAUCUGCCUUAGGAAACCUGGAAGGUCCUACUUUUGGCUCUUCGAGUGCCACCGUAUCUCAACAUGCUCCCGAGGAACGCCGGCGAUGGAAGAAGGAAGAGUUAUUAGAGAAUGCAAUGAUGACUCGUUUACCCUUCGCCCAAUGGAAUGGACCUACGGUUGUCGCUUGGCUCGAACUAUGGGUUGGUAUGCCCGCUUGGUAUGUUGCCGCCUGUCGUGCCAAUGUCAAGUCGGGAGCAAUCAUGGCUUCACUGUCGGAACAAGAGAUACAACGUGAAAUUGGAAUCAGCAAUCCACUACAUCGUUUGAAGCUCCGUCUCGCCAUUCAGGAUAUGGUCGCGAUAACCUCGCCGACGCCACUACCAAAACCUAGUACCAGUCGUUUGGCCUUUGGGGACAUGAAUCAUGAGUGGGUGGGCAACGUCUGGCUCCCUAGUUUGAGUCUGGCACAAUAUCGCCCCGCGUUCAUGGAAUGUCUUGUGGACGCCCGCAUGCUGGAUCAUCUUACCAAACGGGAUUUGCGCACACAUUUAAAGAUGGUUGACAGCUUGCACCGGACCAGUUUACUCUACGGCAUUGUAUGUCUGAAGCGCAUAAAUUAUGACCGCGUUGAGUUAGAGAGAAGACAGCGAGAAGCCUCACAGCCAGACAGCAUCGAUCUACUUGUGUGGUCCUGCGAACGGGUGCAAGCGUGGUUGGAACACAUCGGCCUCAAGGAAUACGCGAGCAAUUUAAACGGAUCUGGUGUUCACGGAGGAUUAAUUGGUUUACAUCCCGAUUUGGACCCACAACAGUUGGCCCUCAUGUUACAGAUUCCAUCCACUAACACUGCAGCGCGCAGUUGCCUGAGCCGUGAGCUGACCGCAUUGGUUCAGCGGUUUAGAGCCAGUGCUCCGAUCGCUGCCGCAAGCCUGGGACCGGCUCCACAUGUCAUUGCAAUGGAAGCUGCAGCCCGUGCUCGUGCGCAGUUCGAAGGAAAAGACAUUAUUUGUCCGGAUGAUGGAACGAACGAGACCGCGAUCAUCGCGAGUUCGGGACUUUUGGAACCAGGGGAUCGAACCACUCCAACAAAUCAAAAUAUUCCUGAAAAUGAUGUUGGAAAUCCUAGUUCUACUUCUAUAUAUAACGGUCCGACACAUCCUCCCCUCGACUCUGAUUCCAUCCUCAGUGCAAAUGGCUCUUCGAGCAAUACCGCUGCCACGUCCAAUUCUGUAUGCAGUUUCCACAGUACUGAAUCAACCUCACUCAUGAAGCUACCUGCACCGGUCCAUGGAUUGGUGGACUCCUAAUUUGGAUGAUCUACACGUAUAUGCCAUUUGCUUGCGCAUAGCGUUUCUUGUGGAAGGAAAACAUGCUCGUUGCCUUGGUAAUUUUAUCUAGUUGAUAGAUUUUCCAAAACUUGCUUUGCGAACUGUUGUUGGGCUUGUUUUUGUGCCCUUCUGAUAUCACUUACUUGCUGUUUCAGCGUUUUAGGUUUUAAUUCGAUGCUUUUUUUGCUUCCCUUCAUUUCGCAUACCUGUACUUUGAUCUACAGUUUGCAUAGUGAUCAUCUCUUCUCUAUCGCUGCACAUAACUGCGCAUAACCGCUCUCAUCCAGCUGGAGUCUUUCAUCAUUGUAACUUUCACCCAAUUUUUCUUCAGGCAGUAUUUUUCUUACGCAAUCGACUGCAGUGAAUUUGAUUUUUCAUUCAUCAUCAUUUUCAUCACAACUACCACUUUGAUACUCUUUGCUUACAAAGCGCAUUUUUACUGCUACUGCGCCUGCCGAACUAUUUGGGACACGUCUUAUUUCGUUUGCUGUUCCCUCUACUCGGCGCUGUUCCGAGUUUUUCUCUCGAGGUCGUAUUGUAUCUCGUUUACUAGCACGUUGUGGACAUAAUUGUAGGCCGUUCACUUGCAUGACGUUUUGCAUAGUCCAGUGUACAUAACUGCGUUUUCACGUAUUUGUAAAGUCUAAUCACGUAGCACGUGUUUCUAUCCAACGGGUCCUGGAAACCUCAAAUGGCGCAGUGAUGUACUAUAUUAUACAUCUUGAGUAAAGGACACCUGGUUGCUAGCCCCACUACCUUCGUUUUGAUCUCCUUCACAAUCCUCACACACAUAUGCGGCAUGUGCAUCAGAAGUUUUUGAACACAAGUGCAUGUGUGUGUGCAUUGUUUGCAUGCAGUUAGACUACUGGCCAACUGAUGCUGCGGUACAUCGACUGACGUCUUUCAACAGAUCGCCCAGCACUACAUUGAAUUAUUUUGCCUAUCACUUGCUCGCGACCGUGUGUUGUUUAUUGAUAUGGCACUUGUUGAGCGCCACUGUACCAAACGCUGACUUAAUAGCU